UUCGAGAAACGUCACAACAACUACUCACACGUGCGAGCAAUUUGGAGCAAAAAGUUAAAAAAGUCUAUUAAAAGUACAAAAUAUUAAAAAUAAUUUAGAUAAAUUGGAAUAAAUAUACUCAAAUUCUCAAUAGUUAUUCUUUAAUACACCUCAGAAAGUAAUAUAGACCUAUAAAUCACCCCAAAAAUUGAGAUGAGUGACAGCGAGACGGAGGAGCCUAAGCAAACAAAUGAACCCAUUGAAAAUGCUUGGGCCAUGAAGAUACCCGCCUUCAAACCAGAAGAUAAUCCAAAUGGACUGGUAGAGGAGAGUUCCUUUGCCACCCUCUUCCCCAAAUAUCGUGAACGCUACUUAAAAGAGGUCUGGCCUUUGGUGCAGCAAACGGUUGCUGAAUUUCAUCUAAAAGCCGAAUUGGAUUUGAUCGAAGGCAGUAUGGUGGUGAAGACAACACGUAAAACAUGGGAUCCCUAUAUUAUCAUAAAGGCUCGAGAUAUGAUUAAAUUGAUGGCUCGUAGUGUACCAUUUGAGCAAGCCAAACGUGUUCUGCAGGACGAGAUCGGAUGUGAUAUCAUCAAAAUCGGUAAUUUGGUGAGGAAGAAGGACAAAUUCGUUAAGAGACGUCAACGUUUAAUUGGACCCAAUGGUGCCACAUUAAAAUCUAUUGAACUUUUAACCGACUGCUAUGUUUUAGUUCAGGGUAAUACAGUGUCCGCGUUGGGUCCCUAUAAAGGUCUUCAACAGGUUCGUGAUAUUGUCAUCGAUACCAUGAACAACGUCCAUCCGAUUUACAAUAUCAAGGCACUGAUGAUAAAACGUGAGCUAAUGAAAGAUCCCAAACUGGCCAAUGAGGAUUGGUCUCGUUUCUUACCCAAAUUCAAGAACAAGAACAUUAGCAAACGCAAACAGCCUAAGGUUAAGAAACCGAAGAAGGAAUACACUCCAUUCCCACCGGCUCAACCGGAGAGCAAGAUCGAUAAACAAUUGGCUUCGGGUGAAUAUUUCCUAAACAAAGAACAGAAACAACAGCGCAAACAAGAGGAACGCAAUGCCAAACAAACCGAAGCGGCCAAGAAACAAGAAGAGAAACGUCAAAAAGAUUUUAUCCCGCCUACAGAAGACACACCGUCUGCCGCAAAGAAACGUUCCGCCGAUGUGGAUGAUAAUAAGCUGGAUGUUAAGGCGCUUAAAGCCAAGCUGGCGAAAGCUAAUAAGAAAAUGAAAAAGGCGUAGUAUAAUUAGCUUUUAUGAUGUUGCUUUUAUGACUAGAAUUUAAGUUUAAUACAUUACUAAUUUUUUUGUGGAAUACUUUAGUUGAAAUAAAGUAGAUUUUACUUUUGUGUAAAGAAUUGUGAUGGAGAA